UUAGGCACAGAUGUUUAUCGACAGGUGAAGCAUAAUCCUUGAUAUGUAGCCUCGUUUUGCAUUUUAAUACAUGAAACACUAGCAACGAUUGUUUCCAUUUGUUUUUGCCUAUUCAAUCCAACUAUCACCUUGUGCUAAUACAUGAAAACCUGAAAAAAUGGGAGACAAACGUUACGCGAUUCAUUGCUGCGCUGCCCUGGCAGCGAGGCUAGUUCUCGUCGCCUAUUCAAAUUUCCACGACAAAAAUUUCAACGUUUCGUAUACGGACGUUGAUUAUAAGGUGUUUACCGAUGCGGCAAGGCACAUCACCGAAGGUAAUUCACCUUACGAUCGUGACACCUAUCGUUAUACUCCAUUUAUCGCUAUGAUUUUGAUUCCUAACGUUAUCAUCUGCCAGGAGUUUGGUAAAAUCGUUUUUUCCUUCUUCGAUAUACUGAUCAGUAUUCUUAUAAGGCAGAUACUGCUGGGACAAAAGUUUAACGAUAAAACUUCGAGCUUCUGCAGUUUUUUGUGGCUCUAUAAUCCUCUGGCGAUGGUAAUAUCGACACGAGGAAACGCUGACUCGUUGGCAGUGUUUUUUGUACUCUUGGUAGCGUACUAUUUGCAAAAGGAUAAUUAUUGGCUUGCAGGAAUCGUCCACGGAUUUUCUAUACAUCUUAGAUUGUAUCCCUUAGCUUUUAGCUUGGCGAUGUAUUUGGCAUUGAGAAAAUCUAGCGGUUUGAUAAUUGUUCCGAACAAAAAGCAGGUAGCCUUGGUUCUGAGCUGCGUUUUAUCGCUUCUCACUUGGACUUCGUUGAGCUAUUAUUUUUACGGCUACAAAUUCCUUUACGAAAGUUUAUUGUAUCACUUAAUUCGCAAAGAUGCUCGACACAAUUUCUCCGUCUAUUUUUACAUGCUUUAUCUUUCCGCCAACAAUGCUCCCGGCAUAUGGCAAAGAGCCUUCACAUUUUUACCCCAAUUAAUUCUACUAAUCGGUUUGUCCUUCUCGUAUUCCUCAAAGCGGAAUCUAUCUUUUUCAAUGCUAACGCAAGCCAUAGUCAUGGUAACUUAUAAUCCCGUUAUGACGUCCCAAUAUUUCUUCUGGUUUUUAUCCCUGUUGCCAGUGUGCUUACCUCGAUUAAAAAUGAGCAUCUCAAGAUGCGUCGUUUUGACAUCCGCAUGGAUCAUCGCGCAAAGUAUUUGGCUCUUCGCUGCCUACUUACUAGAGUUCAAAGGUUUCAAUUCUUUUAUCUACAUAUGGCUAGCCGGACUUUUAUUUUUUAUCGUUAAUAUCAAAGUUUUGAUUGACGUUAUGAAUAGUUACCAUUCAACUAUGGAUGUUGAAAAAAGUCAGUAAGAUUUUCAAAGUCAACAUUACAUACCCAAAGAGCAUCUUUAGUUUAUUCCUACAAAUUGUAGGAAGCGUUUCGUUAUAUUUUUAUUUAGUUUGAUUAAUCAUUUGUAACACAUCAUUGUCUUGAUGUUUCUCGAUUUUAUUCUUGCAGGAAUACAAAAUACUUAUUUACAGAUAGGUUUUUUUUUUUUUUUUUUUUUUUCUUUUAUCUUUUCUUGCAAAUUAAUUGCGACAGAUUCUUAGUAGGAAUUUUAAGUAUAAUAGUAAUGGUAAUAUCGUUAUAGUAAAUCUAAAUUACUAGCCUAGAUUUAACCAUGAGCAAGGGCAUACCUUGGACCAUAUUCAGAAAUAUCAUUCAAAUAUAAAAUUGACGUUUUUCACACUUUCUCCUUCUCCAUCUAUUCCCAAAACAUAGUAAUCUUAUUAAUGUCUAGAUAACUACAGAUCAAAACGAUGGGACAGGUUUCGUUCUAACAGAAUAAAUUAGCAUUUCUAUUUGCAUAAAAAUAUUCUAUACCUGUGUAUCGUGUUAUGUGUGUGGAAUAAAAGAAUAAAUUGAAAAUUGAAUCAUAAUUGAUCAAAAAAAAAUAAUUCUUUUUGUUGACACACUUUGUUACGAACAGAUUUCAAAUUUAACACGCAAGUUAGAGAGCGGUAAUCAACGAUUUGAAAUUUCUGAAAACGAUCCAAUUUUCGUAUAAUAUAUGUAGUUUAAUUACGAUAUUCUUUAUAUUUACCUAUUAUUAUCAAGAUUUUUUUUUCUCUACAAAAUAUUCAUUACAAUUAUUUUUUCUGCAAACGUAAAAAGAGAAAUCUUAACUUUAUUUAUUAAUUUAUUCAAUUUGUUUAUUUAUUAUUAAUUUUCUUUUCUCAACAAACAUCACCGUUACACCGGAAACAAGAAUUACAGAAGUGAAACAAAGAGAGUUAAAGAGGCACGUAUAAUUUUAUACGUUUACUCUGCCUUUUUUUUUUUUUUUGUUUUUGUUUUCCCAUUUAUUCAAAAUUUUGCUACACGACGCCGACGCGAGUCUGUCAAGUUUUUAUAUAUAUAUAUAUAUGUAUGACUAUGUACAUAUAUAUCACUCUGAGAAAGACGAUUAAAUACAUAUCUUACAAAUAUGUACAACAGUCCGAUUACUAACUUACCGUGAUUUUUUUUUUGUUUUUUUUUUCUUCCUAUUUUCCAUUAUUCCUAUCUUUGCCUCAAUAACGAUAUAUAUAUAUAUAUAUAUCAAGGGGGUUAUUAUUAAAAUAUACAUGCAAGUGAUUCUUUCGUUCGUGUAUGGAUGAAUAUGGCAUGAGUUGAAUAAAAUAAUAACAUUAUAGAUUAUACAUUAUUUAAUGAAAAAUAUAUAAAAUAAUGGCUAUCGUAAUAGAUUAUUCAUUUUUAGAUGCAUACGUUUAUUCAAAUGCUUAUAUAGACUAUAAAUAAUAAUAAUAAUAAUAAUAAUAAUGAUAGUAAUAUUAAUAUAAAAGAAAGUAUAGAGAAAAUAUUAUAAUUGCAAAAUAAUGUACAGUGUUGUUUUGAAGUAACACAGGAAAGUAAAUGUUGUAUUGCAAAAAUGAGAUAAUAAAAUAUAAAAUAAAAUAAACAAUAUUAUUCAAACUUGUGUUGACAUUGAUAAUAUUUAAAACAAAUUAAAGCACUCGGUGAUUAUGUUUUUAAAUCUAACAACUAUGCAUUAUGGGUAUAUUGCAUACAUAUGUAUAUAAAUAUAUAUAUAGAUAUAUUAUUAUAUACAUAUAUAUAUAUAUGUGUGUGUAUGUAUGAACGUAUUUAUCGCAUGCGCGCUUUUACGUAAACGCGGGUAAAUUAUUACAUAAUAAAACAUAGUAAAAUAUAAAACUCUCUUUGGCAACAGAAAAAGUAUGUAUUCCGGCCUCCUCUUCAAACCGUUAACAAUUAUGCUUGUUCGUUCGGAGGCGCAUUAAUAUAAUUAUAGAAAAAAAAAAAAAAAAAAAAAAAUUAAACUUCCCCUAACGCGUAGAUGAAUGUCGGGUAAGGAUUCAUUUGCAAUACGUAUGUGACAAAACAAUAAUAAUAGUAUCUGUGAUAAUAAUAAUAAUGAUAAUAAUAACGAUAACAAUACCGACCGGUUUAACUCGAGUGCGAUGGAAAAAAAAAAAAAAAUAAUAAUUGGGAAUUGUAAUGAAAAAAAUUAUAAAUAAAGAGAAAUAAAAAAUUAUUGGCACACCGUUGUCGUACUUGAGUAAUUAGUUCAACACCUGAACCGAUUCGCGACGAUUCGUCGUUUCAUACUAACGGGAUACACCGUAAUGAUGAUAAAUAUUAAUACAGUAAUUUGAACGAAUCGGCGAACAAAUUUUAACAACGUUUUCUUUUCCCAUUGUGUUAUAAGUUACAUGCAUACGGUUAUCCAUAUUUAAAAUACUAAUCAACUUCUGCGGGUAGAUUAUAAAGUAUGAAAAAAAUGUGACAGACGUAACAGAAGUUGUUUAGCACGAUUGGAUCGAGUAAUUGAUAGUUUUUGUUGUUGUUGUUUUUGUUAUUAUUAUUAUUAUUACUGAAAAAUUGACGUAGUUUUAUGUUUAGAACAGAGCAGUCGG